ACGUGACAGGUCCGGCGGCAGCGGCGGCGGCGGCGGCGGCCGCGGCGUCUUCAGCGGCGCCCAGUGCAGGAUGGUGCUGGAGGCGGCGGCGGCGGCCGUGGUGGCGGCGGCGUCGUUGGCGGCAGCGGGAGGGGGUGCUGUGGCGGCAUCGGCGGCGGCGCCCGCGGGUGGUGUAAAAUGGCGGAUUUCGAGGAGUUGAGGAAUAUGGUUUCUAGCUUUAGGGUUUCUGAACUGCAAGUGUUACUAGGCUUUGCUGGACGGAAUAAAAGUGGACGCAAGCAUGACCUCCUGAUGAGGGCGUUGCAUUUACUGAAGAGCGGCUGCAGCCCUGCGGUUCAGAUCAAAAUCCGAGAAUUGUACAGACGCCGGUACCCACGGACUCUGGAAGGACUCUCUGAUUUAUCCACCAUCAAAUCUUCAGUUUUCAAUUUGGAUGGUAGCUCAUCACCUGUAGAACCUGACUUGGCCGUGGCUGGAAUCCACGCGCUGCCUUCCACCUCGGUUACACCGCACUCACCGUCCUCUCCUGUGGGUUCUGUGCUGCUUCAAGACACGAAGCCCACGUUUGAGAUGCAGCAGCCAUCUCCCCCAAUCCCUCCUGUCCAUCCUGAUGUGCAGUUAAAAAACUUGCCCUUUUAUGAUGUCCUUGAUGUUCUCAUCAAGCCCACGAGUUUAGUUCAAAGCAGUAUUCAGCGAUUUCAAGAGAAGUUUUUUAUUUUUGCUCUGACACCUCAGCAAGUUAGAGAGAUAUGCAUAUCCAGGGAUUUUUUGCCAGGUGGUAGGAGAGAUUAUACAGUCCAGGUUCAGCUGAGACUUUGCCUGGCAGAGACAAGUUGCCCUCAAGAAGACAACUAUCCCAAUAGUCUAUGUAUAAAAGUAAAUGGGAAGCUGUUUCCUUUGCCUGGUUAUGCACCACCACCUAAAAAUGGGAUUGAACAGAAGCGCCCUGGACGCCCUUUGAAUAUUACAUCUUUAGUUAGGUUAUCCUCAGCUGUGCCAAACCAAAUUUCCAUUUCUUGGGCAUCAGAAAUCGGAAAGAAUUACUCCAUGUCUGUAUAUCUUGUACGACAGCUCACAUCAGCCAUGUUAUUACAGAGAUUAAAAAUGAAAGGUAUUAGAAACCCUGAUCAUUCCAGAGCACUAAUUAAAGAAAAACUUACUGCAGAUCCUGAUAGUGAAAUUGCUACAACUAGCCUUCGGGUGUCCUUGAUGUGCCCUUUAGGGAAAAUGAGGUUGACAAUCCCGUGCCGUGCAGUGACUUGUACACAUCUGCAGUGUUUUGAUGCUGCCCUUUAUCUGCAAAUGAAUGAGAAGAAGCCCACCUGGAUCUGUCCCGUGUGUGAUAAAAAAGCUGCCUAUGAAAGUCUCAUUUUAGAUGGGCUUUUUAUGGAAAUUCUCAAUGACUGUUCUGAUGUGGAUGAGAUCAAAUUCCAAGAGGAUGGCACUUGGUGUCCAAUGAGACCGAAGAAAGAAGCUAUGAAAGUGUCCAGCCAGCCAUGUACAAAAAUAGAAAGUUCAAGUGUCCUCACUAAGCCUUGUUCUGUGACUGUAGCCAAUGAGACAAGCAAGAAGAAAGUAGAUGUUAUUGACCUAACAAUAGAAAGCUCUUCUGAUGAAGAGGAAGACCCUCCUGCCAAAAGGAAAUGCAUCUUUAUGUCAGAAACACAAAGCAGCCCAACCAAAGGGGUUCUCAUGUAUCAGCCAUCUUCUGUAAGGGUGCCCAGUGUGACUUCGGUUGAUCCUGCUGCUAUUCCGCCUUCAUUAACAGACUACUCAGUACCAUUCCACCACACGCCAAUAUCAAGCAUGUCAUCAGAUUUGCCAGGUUUGGAUUUUCUUUCCCUUAUUCCAGUUGAUCCCCAGCAGUACUGUCCUCCUAUGUUUUUGGAUAGUCUCACCUCACCCCUAACAGCAAGCAGUACGUCUGUCACCACCACCAGCCCCCAUGAAAGCAGUACUCAUGUUAGUUCCUCCAGCAGCAGGAGUGAGACAGGGGUCAUAACCAGCAGUGGAAGUAACAUUCCUGACAUCAUCUCACUGGACUAAAGGAGGACUCACUCGAUUCUAGGAAUCAUUCAUCGAAACUGUUCUUUCUUGGAUCUCUGGUCCGUGGAAGCUAUUUUUUUCAGUAACAAUUACUUUGAUAUUUAUUGAAACGUCAAAUGGAUUCUUCUGCUUUCUGAGAGAUGAUCACAGAUGACUACAGCAAGAACCAAAUGACAUGCAAGGAUUUUUCUUACUCAUGCUGUACUCUGAGCAUCAGAUACAUUUCGGCUCUAACUGUAUCUUCUCCAGAGAUGGAUUUCGAUUUCCUGUGUUACUGGAUGGAUUCUACACACAUCGGUUAAAAUUUUUUUUGUUGUAACAGCAAUAAAAUUAUGUAAAUAUUCAAGUAAACUUUUUUCUAACUAAAAAAGGAUGUAAUCAAUGAUUCUAAAAUGACGGCAACUUUUGUUUAACCUGAUGUGAAGGAAAAAUACAUGGAAGGAAGUCAUGUUUGCUGAAUGAGUCCUUUCCACGGAGAUUUGUUCUGUUUCAUCGAAUAAUGAAGUCUUGCUAGGUGGCCAGAGCUUGGCUCCACUUUUCUUCCCGCAGUUCCCCUUUUCUUCCUGAUUACAUCAAAGAAAAAUGGCCUUUGUGUUACUUAUUUUUCCCUGGUUGUCAUUUACACUUUGAUGUUGUUUGCUAGCAGUUGCAAAGGGAAGUUCUGGGAAUCGGCUGCUUGAUUUCAGUGAUUGUGCUGAAGAACACUAUGCAUAUUCUGCCCUGAUGUAAUGCGUGUUAUUUUUGGUAAUUGUCCAUUCUCAUUCUAGAGAUUUCUACAAAAUUGGGCUUGCCUUCCCGAGAAAGAAAUUCUGUGCAGCUAUUGAAUGUCGAAUGAGAUGUUUUUGGAGUAACCUGUGGCUAGAAUGUUCAUUGGAAUCUUGCUCACACUGACCAGGAACAUUGCGAGCUUUGAGGCAGUAGAAGAACAGAUUUUGGGGAUGUGGGAUUAACAGAGUUUAAUCUCUUUCUAGGAACUACUUUUGCUCAUUUUAUUUUAUAGAAUAAUAUGCAAAUCUUUGUUGAAACUUUUCAUGUUUUAAUAACACUAACAAAGCGGAUGUGAUUUAGAACUCUGGUCACACAUUUCUCACCAGUACAGUCCCAGUGAUGAUUUUCAAACUUAAUUAGAAGACACAAACCAUGGCGAGGCAUGGGGACUGCAUUGGAUUUCCCGUUCCUUUUUUUUUUUUUAUAAAGAAGGGAAUAACCACAAAGGAUACACAAAGUUAGAAGUGUGUGAAUAUAAAAUAAGGAGGUUUUGGGGAGGAUGGGCCCGCAGCCCACUUUGAAAACCACUCACUCAGAGUGGACUUGAUUUUCAAUUCCCCUGGAGACCGACUUUUACCCUUAGAGAAACAUUUCUAUCCACAUUUUAUAUUUCCCUUUGUUUCAUUUGGCUCCCUAAAUUUUUGAGUUCUCAAGGAAUUAAUACUUUUCUAAUGUUUAUCUUUCUCUCCCUAACUGUAUCUACCUUAAAAAUAAAAAAACCCUUUUUAAAAAUGACUAAUCUAACUGAUUUCUCAGACUGAAGUGCCAGCCAAAAAGAUCGAGUUCAGUUAGAUCAGGGACACAAUGCAUUACUUCAGGGUUGGUGGAACUCUAGGACGAUGACUUGUCACUGCUUGGGUGGUUUUUGUUUUUAAACACCUCGAGUUUUCAUGGCGCUGUGCUCCUUUUAUCCUGACUUAAUUUCAUGUGAUUUUUUUUUACAUCAUCUCCUUUGGCUACAUCAUCCCUUUACUUAAUGCAUUCUUCCUUUUGGAGAUCUGCUUACUAUUGAGAACAUGGAAACAAACCAGAAUCUUCUUGCAGCAGUUGUAUCGUCAUUGCCAGUUUCACCUUCUUAGUCAUUAGAGUUCUAGUUCAUGUUACAGAGCUUUGGUCCACGUAGAGAAUUUGUUCCUCGUAAGAUUCUAUAUUGCUGCUCUACACACAGAUGCAAUCUCUGUUAACUCUGUAAUCAGAUAGAAAACGUAACUCUGAUUUGUGUGGUAUAUAAUUUGUUAAUAAAUAAAUGAUGUAUAUUUGUUACCAUUUUAUUACCCUUUAGAUUCUUGGACUCCCCCCUCCCCAGCGUAAUCAACAAAGUUUUAUAAGGUUAAAUGAAAAUAUAUUCAUAGAAAUUAUUUACUUGGUUCUUGUAACCGAUACCUCUGUGCUUUUAUAGUUGUGCUUUGUUUCUUUUCUACGAUUUUAUGUGAACAGUUUUAGUGUUCAUUUUUGGUGCUUUAUACUGAAAUUACAUAAAAUUAUAAUUUAUACAGGCGACUAACAUUUUUAAAAAUAUACUUUUAAGUCUGUAAUCUUAAAAUUGGGGCUUUUAUGUAUGCAUCUUGAGGGUGAGUACUUUAUGCUUUUGCCUUAAAACAGCAUGAUCAUUGAGUUGUUAUCUUUUUUCUUUUUUUUUAAAGGAUGAUCACCAAAUACUUCUCCCCAAGACCCUGACUUUUUUAGUAGUUUAUUUUACUUGCCCAGAUUUCUGCAUAACCCAGCGUAAUGUAGUUUCAAGAGGAGGUUGUCUUAGCCGUUACAUAGAUGUCAGCCUGCUAGUGAUUAUGUGGAGGUCUUGUUUAAGGAAGGAAACUGCAGACUGCACCUACUGGUCUCUUCUUAAAACACUGAGGCAGCCUGUGGUUUUGAUCCUUAUGCAUGUAGAAAUGUUAAGAGCUUUCCUGGGUUUGGUGACUCCCGACUACUAUGUAACUGGUGCUGAAAAUAGCUUCACAGCUAAACUCUGCGGACAUUCACUCACUUUCUGACCCUUAGAUGAGCCACUUUAGGAUUUUUAAUUUCCAUUUCUGCCCAGAAGGAGGUAAAUGCCUUUACCAGAAGGUAAAAAUACUUGGCAUCUGCCAUAGAAUAAUUAUAAGCCCAAGUGAAAUAAUAGCAGUAAAUUUAGGUUAUGUGGCAUUUACAGUGUACUUCAGGAAAGCUAGGAUGAAAAUACUAUGAUUAGGGGAGGGUUGUAAGUCUAAUAAGUAAGUUGAGCCAUGCCUCUUGACAUAAAGUAAGUUUCCCUAGGGUAGAAUCUUAAAAGAGUUUGAAGGAGGAGUAAACUUGGAUUUUAGGUGAAAUGGUAUUCAACAAAGACUUCUUGACAUUAAACCUGUCAGGCGUUCUGCCCUCAGGCCAGUCCUGGAUACUAGUCAUUUAGUAACCAAGAUUGUUUUCCUUUUGCUAAUAGAGUAUUCAUUAGUCACAUUUUGUUUUUUUCAGUAAAUUUGAUUUUUACCAAAAAAUUAAACAUUAGUUUUAAUUCUCGGGUAUGGUUUUUAUUUCUCUUUAGCGCCCAGUUGGUACAAAAGCGUUAACUAUUUACUUUUUUCCCUUUUUUUUUUUCCUAAGUAAACACUUGUUUUCCUAAUUCUUUUCAUUUAAACUUGGGUGUGAUGUGUUAUGUGGCCCUGGGUCCAUGUGCUGUGGGAGCAUAUCGUCAGUAAGGUCAGUGAUUGACAAUUCGGUUUGAUUCACCGUUUUUUUCUGUUUGCAGUUCUACAUGAAUAUAGUGAAACUUGUGGGAAAAAAUUUAAGACUUUCUCUGCUUUUUUUUAAGAGUCUGAUGCUCCUGUCAAAUGAAUGACCGGUUUGUAAGCCCCGCCCCCCCCUUUUUUUGUUAUUAGGAGCCACACUCCCAACUCCUAGCAGAAAUAAAUAAAGCUAUAUAAAAGUGCCCAUUCUUCUUUAA